UUCCCAACGCGCAUGUGCACACAGUUGGCACGUGGGCAUUCAGGGGAACCAUAGGCGCAAGGUGCGCCUGCGCAACGGCAGGCGCUUGGUUCGGAGUCAGCGCCCGGCAAGGCAGCGUGUCGGGUUGGGGUCAUCGCUUUGAUCCUUCUUGCCUCUUGGAAGGUGCCAUGCAAAUGCAGUUGGAUGACUGAUGACAGAAACUUGAAUCAAAAUGCCUAAUUUCGAGCAUCCAGAGUAUCCCGAAGCUACCUUGCUUCACCUGGAAAGUAUGGUGCCCUGUCGAGAAUCCCAAGUGUCAUCACUGUUGUCAAUAUUUGGAGAGCGUCAACAUUUUAGCUUCCCAUCCAUCUUUAUCUAUGGACAUACCUCUAGUGGCAAGACCUAUGUGAUGCAAACUCUUCUAGAAACAUUAGAGCUUCCUCAUGUGUUUGUGAACUGUGUUGAAUGCUUUACUUCAAGGCUGCUUUUAGAGGAAAUUUUGACUCAGUUGCAGAGCCUUUCAUCUGAAAAUAAACACGGUUCUCAUGUGCCCUGUGACACAUUUAAUGACUUUGUACGUCUGUUUAAGCAAGAAAUUAUUACUCAAGAUCUACAGAAUCAAACAGUAUAUAUUGUGCUGGAUAAAGCAGAGCAGCUGAGGGAAAUGGAGGCAAAUAUGUUGCCAGGGUUUCUUAGACUACAAGAAAUGACCGACAGAAAUGUCACUGUUAUUUUCCUUAGUGAAAUUGUGUGGGAACUGUUUCGUCCAAACACUGGAUGCUUGGAGCCAUUCACCUUGUAUUUUCCUGACUACAGCAUAGGAAACCUCCAAAAGAUUCUGUCCCAUUAUCAUCCUCCAGAAUAUUCUGCUGAUUUCUAUGCUGCGUACAUUAAUAUUCUUCUUGGUGUCUUCUACACAGUCUGCAGGGACUUGAAAGAGCUUCGACAUCUGCAAAUGAACGUGACACACGUCGACUCUGGAAAAAUAUUGAAUCUCAUUUGAAGAAAGCAAUGCAGACUGUUUAUCUCCGGGAAAUAUCCAGCUCACAGUGGGAGAGAAUACAGCAGGAUGAUGGAGAACCUGGGCACUUGAAAGGACUUUCUGCACAUGCUCACGUAGAACUUCCUUAUUACUCCAAAUUCCUUCUAAUAGCUGCUUACCUUGCCUCCUACAAUCCUGCCAGGACAGAUAAGAGGUUCUUCCUUAAGCAUCAUGGGAAAAUCAAGAAGACAAACUUUCUGAAAAAACAUGAAAAGACCAGCAAUCACCUCCUUGGACCAAAGCCAUUCCCCCUGGACAGAUUGUUAGCAAUAUUAUACAGUAUUGUGGACAAUAAAGUUGCUCCAACUGCAAAUAUAUUUUCCCAGAUCACCUCUCUUGUGACACUCCAGCUUUUAACCUUGGUUGGCCAUGAUGACCAGCUUGAUGGACCGAAGUACAAAUGUACUGUCUCUCUAGACUUCAUCAGGGCUAUUGCAAGGACCGUGAACUUCGACAUAAUAAAGUACUUGUACGAUUUCUUGUGAAAACAAGCCUCACAGCCAUAUGGACACUGUGACAAUGACUAAAGCAAGCUGUGUUCUUCUAUCUACUUAGCUGGCCAGGCAGAGGAGCGUUUUGGCUCUACUGGAUUUGUCCAAACAGGUGCUGGCCCAGCAUGCAAUCUGAUGAAAAUAUUCUGAUUGGUCUGGGUGGAUCUGAGCAGAGGACUAUUUACCAGGGACCCUGGAGUAUUUGGAAGCAAUGUGUUAAUUAUAAACAGCAGGGUUUGAGCACAAUCUGUUCUACUCUUAAUGAUGUUAUCUUAACACUGAAAUUGCCUGAAACCCAUUUACUUAGGACUACAUUUUGCUCUAUGAACUAUCCCCUGUGCUUUGAACAUGGCAGCAGCCCUUGUUUGUAUGCCCAGUCUUUUCACGUCCUCUCCGCAGGAAUCUUUGCAAUUGCCUGCCAAAGCAGCUUUUCCUAAAGCCACCAUUUUAAGAGAGUGGAGCAGCAAAAUAUAAUAAACAUAAGUGCAUGUUUAAAAUCAA